AUGACUGCUCCAUUUAAUCCUCCAAACAGUCUCACUCAUAAAUCUCUCCGUAAGCUUCAGUUGGUCCAGAACUCAGCUGCCCGUAUCAUCACCAGAACCCCUUCAGCUCAUCACAUCACACUUGACCUGCAGGAGCUUCACUGUCUGCUGACCUGGAUCCAGACGUUUAGUGUGGAAGCACCAUGUUCAACAGUGGACGAGCUGACCAGUGGAGAGGCCAUGGCACAAGUGCUGCAGAAGAUUGAUGUGGUGUACUUCACUGACGCCUGGAUCAGUCGUAUCAAACCUGAAGUGGGAGAUAACUGGAGGUUAAAGAUGAGCAACUUAAAGAAGAUACUGAAAGGCAUUCUGGACUACAACCAUGAGGUGUUAGGGCAGCAGAUCAAUGACUUCACUCUUCCAGACGUCUCCCUCAUCGCUGAGCACUCAGAUGCAGCAGAGCUGGGCCGAAUGCUGCAGCUCAUCCUGGGCUGUGCUGUCAACUGCGAGCAGAAGCAGGAGUAUAUCCAGACCAUCAUGAUGAUGGAGGAGUCAGUGCAGCAUGUGGUCAUGACGGCCAUCCAGGAGUUGAUGAGCAAAGAGUCGCCUGUGCCUUCAGGAAGUGACUCGUAUGCUGAUCUGGACCGGCAGCUGAAGAAGACCGUGGAGGAGCUGAAUGACGCACUGGCCGGAAAAGAGGAGAUCGCUCAGAGGUGCCACGAGCUGGACAUGCAGGUGGCGGCGCUGCAGGAGGAGAAGAGCAGUCUGCUGGCAGAGAAUCAGGUUCUGAUGGAGCGGCUCAACCAGUCCGACUCCAUCGAGGAUCUGAACAGCCCAGCGGGACGCAGACACAUGCAGCUGCAGACACAGCUGGAGCAACUGCAGGAGGAGACCUUCAGGCUGGAGGCUGCUAAGGAUGAUUACCGCAUCCGCUGUGAGGAGCUGGAGAAGGAGCUGCUGGAGGUUAAAGGUCAGAAUGAGGAUCUGACCUCUCUGGCGGAGGAGGCUCAGUCUCUGAAGGACGAGAUGGACGUGCUGAGACACUCCUCAGACAAGGUGUCGAAGCUGGAGGCGCAGGUGGAGGCCUAUAAGAAGAAGCUGGAGGAUCUGGGAGACCUGCGGAGACAGGUGAAGCUGCUGGAGGAGAAGAACAGCAGAGACAUGCAGAACACCGUCAGCCUGGAGGAGGAGCUGCGCAAGGCCAACACCGCCCGCGCGCAGAUGGAGAACUACAGGAGACAGGUGGUGGAGCUCCAGAAUAAACUCUCAGAGGAGUCCAAGAAGGCUGAUAAGAUGGAGUUUGAGUACAAGCGCAUGAAGGAGAAGGUGGACUCUCUGCAGAAGGAGAAGGACCGCAUGAGGACGGAGAGAGACUCGUUGAAGGAGACCAUCGAGGAGCUGAAGUGUGUUAAAGCGCAGGAGUCGCAGCUCACAGCAGGUCUGGUUCCGCUGGGCAGUAACGAGCCGUCUGAUUCGCUGGCAGCAGAGAUCGUCACACCUGAGAUCCGCGAGCGCAUGAUCCGCCUCCAGCAUGAGAAUAAGAUGCUGAAGCUGGCGCAGGACGGCUCUGAUAACCAGCAGAUCGCUCUCCUGCAGAGUCUCCUGGAGGACGCCAACAGCAGGAAGAGCGAGCUGGAGAUGGAGAACAGGAGGGCUAAUCAGCGUCUGCUGGAGGGUCAGUCACAGGUGGAGGAGCUGCAGAAGUCUCUCCAGGAGCACGGAUCUAAAGCAGAUGAUAUGGUGCUGAUGAAGAGGAAGUGUCAGGAGCAUCUAGAGAAGCUGAGAGACGUCAGUAAUGAACUCCAGAAGAAGAGUGCCAUGGUGGACGAUCUGGAGAACAAACACACCUGUGGGGCCCAGAAGAUUGAAGAGCUGGAGGACGCGCUGAAGAAGAAGGACGAGGACAUGAAGCAGAUGGAGGAGCGCUACAAGAAAUACCUGGAGAAGGCCAAGAGCGUCAUUCGUACGCUGGACCCCAAGCAGAAUCAGGGCUCCGCUCCAGAGGUUCAGGCUCUGAAGAACCAGCUGCAGGAGCGCGAGAGGAUGCUGCACUCACUCGAGAAGGAAUACGACAAGACAAAGUCUCAGCGGGAUCAGGAGGAGAAGCUCAUCGUGUCUGCCUGGUACAACAUGGGUAUGGCUCUCCAGAAGAAGGCUGCCGAGGACCGUCUGGCCAGCACAGGCUCCGGUCAGUCUUUCCUGGCACGUCAGAGGCAGGCCACCAGCUCCAGACGGGCGUAUCAGCAGACCGCCGCCAGCGACGUCAAAGCAUGAUCUGCAGGGGGCGGGGCUGCAUGACACGAGGGGCGGGGCUUGUGACAUUUGGGUCGAGGGGCUGCAUGCUGCUGAGUUUAACCCACCGCUGCUCACUAACUAACCCAUCAGCGUGUGUCUGCCGUCCCAGAAUGCUGUCAGGAGUGGGCGGAGCCUGUGCAUGUCAAUCACGGCUGACAGAAGAGCGUAUCCACAGCGACUGUUACACUAUAUGUAGAGAUGAAUGAGUGAGGGAUGGAUUUGUGCUGUAGCUGCUCCAGUGUUUCCUGUAGGUCACGAGCUGAAGCGGUGCUGGACGUCUGUCGCUGCGAGUCUGAGCGGAUCUGUUACCCAGUAGUGUUUCUUUGGCUAUUUAUUUGGUGCUUUUUGAUGAUUGUGUUACAGCGAGAUGUUAACCUGCUGCUUGUGUUGUUGUUAAUACCAUAUAAACGGUGCGAUCGGCGCCCCCUGGUGGUGUUUUUUUUGGGGGGGUGGGGUUUCUCCUGUCUGGACUGAGUUCUGGAGUGUUCCGUCUCUCGCAGCCGUCCAUGAGCAGAGAAACACACACACACACACACACACACACACACACACACACACACUCGUUCCACUUGCCAAGUUUUAUAUUGCUUGUCUACUCUGUGUACACACUGUACGGCGAGCAGCUCGUCACGCGUCGUCAUGCGUCUCCAUAGAAACGCUGCUGAGCAAACGGAGCUUCCGACGUGGCGAAACUGUACAGUUGUUAUUCAAGAUGUAAAUAAAGCUUGUAUAAAACAUCCAUCUUUCAAAAA